UGUAAAGCUACCGGUGACCCCCAUUACCGAACCUUUGAUGGCAAAAAAUACAAUUUCCAAGGAGAUUGUACCUAUGUCCUCGUUCAAUCUAUUGACGAAAGCGGUUUGGAUCCAUUUAUUGUAAAAGCCAACAACUACAAGAAAAAACCAACGGCUAGAGUAUCUUAUACCAGAUGGGUUUCAUUAGACUACGCCGGCCACACGUACAAACUGGACUGGAAGAGGAAAUUAAUCAUUGAUGGUCAAAGAACGUGUGCACCAUACGAAGAUGAAGAGGUGGGUAUUAGUAUCGAACAAUGUGGUAAUGAUUUAGUUAUCAAAACGAAAUUCGGAUUAGAAGUGAGAUACAAUGGUAUGCACAACGCCUACGUAUUGGCCAGCACUAAACUCAUGCAUAAAGUAGAGGGUUUAUGUGGUAAUUACAAUGGUAAAAGCAGCGACGAUCUGAGACUCAGGGCCAACUUCCCGGGAACAGCAAGUGUAUCCCAAACCGAUAACUUUGGUAACAGUUGGGUAACCAAUGACGACAACGAAGACAGCCAAAAGUGUAAAAUCGCUAUUACUAAUGAGGAAUGUCCAGAAAACGAGCAAAAGAGAUUGAAAGUUGAUAAAAACGGAUGCGGAUGGCUGUUUGACCAAAAUUCCCCAUUUAAAUUAGCCGCAAUUAAAGCUGGCUCUCCUCCUGAAUUUGAUGCAGCUGCCGAGGAUUGUGUUUAUGAUGUGUGCGCUGAUAAAGAUCAUGAAAAAGUCCGCUGUGAACAAUAUAACGAAGUCUACAAAAUGCUGUUAGGUCUUGGACAAACGGUUAAAAAUUGGCGAGAUAUUACUAAGUGUCGUAAGUUGAAACCAAAUCUUUAA